AUGUAAAUCUACGUAUAAAUGCCAAAUGGAAAAACUAUUAUGAUUGAUGUUCAACUAGAGAAGACAACAGUUAAUGAUGUAAAAAAGAAGGUAAUGGAAAAAUCAGGAAUAAGAUUGGAGGAUAUUGUUUUAGUUUACAAAAAUGAUAUAUUGAAAAAUGAUAACACUUUAAAGGCAUGUGGAAUUGACAAGGAGGCGACUUUUGAUGCCGAGACAGCAGAAACUUUAACAAAAAAAUAUAAGUAGAAAAUAUGUAUCUGAUAUAAUUUUAUUAAAAAGAUAUCAUUGAAGAAGAUGUAUAAAAAUGGUAAUAAAAAUUUAGUGAUGAAGGAGUGUAGAAAGAAGAAUUGUAAGAAAAAUUAACAUCAACUUUGAUUGAAUUAGAUAAGUAAUUAUAUUAUUUAUAAUUAAGAAUUAAAUAGGAAAAGGCAACACUUUAGUUUGAAUUAUCCUCAGUUAAAAACCAGCUUGAACAUAUUUAAAAGAAAAAUAUACAGAAUUAAGAUCUUCAAUAAUUAUAAUAGAAAUAGCCAUAGUUUAAGGGAAACGAUAUAAAAAACUUAGAAUUAGAAUUAGCAGCAUAAAAAACAAUUAUUAGUAGAUUUGAUAUGGACAAAGCUGAUUAUAUUUCAUAGAUUUAAUAAUUGAGAACAGAAAAACUUGAACUUCAAAAGAAAGUGGAAGAUUAUUAAAAAUUGAAAGAGGAUUUGAUAGGGAAAACUUAUGAAAUAAGAGGAUUAUAAAAAGAAAUAGAAAUUGCGAAUAACCGCGGGAGCCAAACAAAAGAUGAAAUAAAUAGAGAAUUAUAUCAAUCAAAAUAAUAAAUAAAGUAUAAAAUAAUAUUAUAUUAGAAAAUUGGAACAACAAUUAGAAGAGGUAAAAACAAAGCUUCAAGAACUGGAACUAGAAAAAAUGAAAUAAGAAUUGAAAUAAAACAUUGAUUCAAAUUAAGUAGAUAAAUUAAAUGAUUUACAAUAAUAAAAUAGUUAAUUAGAAAAGAGAUUAGCAGAAUACAGGACUUAAGUGUUUAGUUUAACUAAUUAAGUGAAAUUGUUGUAGAAUAGAAAUUAAGAUGAAAUGAAAAGUUCAAUGAAUAAAAACGAUUUUGCCGCUUUUGAUAGGAUUUAAGUAAAUUCAAUUUAUAUGAAAAUAGGGUUAUGAAUAGUAAUUAACUAAACUGAAUGCAGAACUUAAGUCUUCUUAAUAAUCGUUUGAAGAAAGUUAGUAAUAGUUAUCAGUUGCCAAGAAACAAUGUUUCGAAAGUGAUAAGAAGAUAUUAGAAUUAGAAAAAAGUGUUGAAAGUCUUACAUAUUUAAUAAAAGAAAAAGAUAGAGGAAUAAAGGAGAGGGAAUAAAUUAUAAAAUAAUUACAGAUUGAUGUAGAUGAAUUAAAGAAAGAUCUGCUGUUGUAUUAAAAGAAUCUAAGGGAUUUUAAAUCGAUUGCUUAAUAAGCAGAUCCAAAAAAAGUGUUAGAAAUAGAUAGUGAAGCAUUAAAGAUGGAGGAGAGAUUGAAAGCAAGGGAAGAGUAAAGAAAUAAAGAAGAAAGAAGAUUAGAAUAGUAAAGAUAGGAAGAAUUAAUGGGAAGAUAAGAAAAAUUGAAGUAAGAAUAAUUACAAUAUUUUGAAUUGAUGUAGAAAGGUAAAGAACAACGACAAAGAACAGCUUAAUGUACUUAGAUAAAUAAAUUUAGUUUUGAAGAGGCAAAUGAUGGAAAGCCAUGGGAAAAUUGAGGUUUGUUUUUUAAUCGAUGUGACUGCAUCAAUGGAUCCAUAUAAAGAGUCAGCUAUGAAAUGCAUAAAAGAGAGUAUGAAGAACAUAAAGAUAAAGACAAACAGAGAUGCUUUAUGGGCAACUGUGGCAUAUUAAGACUUUGGAGAGUUAAAAUAUUUGGGAGGAUAAUACAGGUAAAUGAAUUUCACUCCAAUUCCUCAAGAAAUAGAAGAUUUUUUGGCAAAUAUUCCUUGCCAAGGAGGUGGAGACCAAGCAGAAGACAUUAGAGGAGGUAUAAUGUAAAUGAUUAAGAAUUUAAAUUGGAGCAAAACAUUUAGGAUAGCUAUUUUGAUUUGUGAUGCUCCUACUCAUGGUAAAAGAUAUAAUGGUGGAGUAACUGAUAGAUCUCCAAAUGAAGAUAUUGAAGAUGCUAUUAAUUUACUUAUUGAUAAUAACAUUUUAUUUGUUGCUAUCCUAUUUAAUAAAGUGACAUUACCAAUGUUUGAAGAAAUAAAGAAGAUGUAUAUAAAUGCAAAUAGAGAAGAAUUAUUAUUAUUUGCAGAUUUAGAAAAUACAGAAUAAGGUAAAAUAUGGUAGGAUCUUGUCGAUCUGGUCUCUUAAGCAUCUUAAAGAGCAACUCAAACAAAUAAUAGAGGAACUAGGUCAAAAAAUAAUUAGACUAAUAAAAGAUCAUAGACUGGUGCUAUGGAGGCACUUUGUAAAUCGAUAAAAGAUCCAUUUUAGUUUGACAAAUAACCUGGAGUCACUAUUAUACCAGUUAAGUUUGGUGUUUAUCGGGUUGAAUUGAAAUAAGAUUCAUUUGAAUCUAAUAUUGAAAAUAUUAAGAGACUAGACAUAAAUAGGGAUUAUAGUGUUUAUUAAGAAGGUUAAUGGGAUUGUAUUAGAACGGAAAAGUACUUUGCUUAAGGUUAGAUGAAAUAAGUGUUUUUGAUGAAGAAAUUGAAUAAUUAAAAUGAAUUAUAUGUGAUUAAAAUGCCAAUUGGAGAUUUAACAUAUUCCAGUCAAGAAUAAGCUGUUUUAGAAUGUAGAUCUCAUCUGAUUUCAAAAUGUUUAAUGAAAAAGUUUAUUAGAGAAUUAUAAGAGGCAAGGGAUAGAAUUGACAGAUCAAUCAGGAUUCCAGAAGUUUCAUACUCAGACUUUUUAAUUUUGAAAGAUUUAUAAAGAGGAAGUAAGAAUAUUCUUUUAAUUUGAGAUUCAUAUUGGAUUGCAGAACGAUACUUUAGUGGCGAAUUUGUAAAGUACAAUAAUAAUUAUGGUUUUAUUUCAGAUGACAAAGCAGAUAUCAAUCAUUUUGCAUAGGCAUAUACAUAUUAUACUUAUUUCAUUUCAAAUUUCAAUUAUAUGGUUAAUGAUGUUCAAGGAGUAGGAAAUUACUUAACAGAUCCUGCUUUGAAUACUAAAGAUAGUAAUUUAUAUAAAUAUUCUAGGUAAUUUUGAUGAAACCGAUAUGGGAAUUGAUGGAUAAUCUAUGUUUAUGGUCAGUUAUGAAGGAAAGAAACAUAUGGGAAGAAAAUACUUAGACUUAUUGGGUAUACCAUAACCAUGA